CAACGACGAGGCGUGUAUUGUUCCGGGGCGCGGUGCGCGAUUAUCGCGAAUCAGCAGCGGGCUCGCCCGAGGAUCGCAGGCGCUUAAUUAUGCCCGCGGGAUCGGCCGCCAGGAAAAAGAACUGCUACUUCUCCUCCGCCUCCGCUUGAAGAGAGUGCACACGGAGCCUGCGAGGCGCAUGCUUCCCCGCCCGCUCCCUCGCCAUUUUGGAGAUAGAAUGUUAAAUUUGGGAAUGGACUGACAGAGGAUUCAAUAAAAACAGACGGUUGGGGCAAGGAAUCUAAAGAUAACAGGGCAAGGUGUCUGGACUAGGCCUCGGGCAUCUAAUUAUCAACAACUCGACUAUGCCAGCUGUUGCAAGGCCUGGUAGUUUAAAGGACCCAGAGAUUGCUGAGUUAUUUGAGAAAAAUGAUCCGGAGAAAAUAUUUGAGGAUCUGCGUGAGAUCGGGCAUGGUAGUUUCGGGGCUGUUUACUAUGCACGAUGCCUGGUUACCAAAGAAAUUGUUGCCAUCAAGAAAAUGUCUUACCUGGGGAAGCAAACGGUGGAAAAAUGGCAGGAUAUAUUAAAGGAAAUUCGAUUUCUUAGGCAACUUAAUCAUCCUAAUACUAUAGAGUAUAAGGGUUGCUAUCUCAGGGACCACACUGCCUGGCUGGUGAUGGAAUAUUGUCUUGGCUCUGCAUCAGACAUUAUUGAGGUACACAAGAGACCAUUGAAAGAAGAAGAAAUAGCUGCAAUAUGCGAAGGCGUAUUGCGCGGCUUGCAUUACCUUCAUUCCCUCGGGAGAAUUCAUCGUGAUGUAAAAGCUGGAAAUAUUCUACUUACUGAAAAUGGCACAGUGAAAUUAGCUGAUUUUGGGUCCGCGAGUAUAAAAUGUCCAGCUAAUAGUUUUGUAGGAACUCCGUAUUGGAUGGCGCCAGAAGUUAUAUUGGCUAUGGACGAAGGGCAAUACGAUGGCAAGGUUGACGUAUGGUCGUUAGGAAUAACUUGCAUCGAAUUAGCGGAAAGAAAGCCACCUUAUUUUAAUAUGAAUGCAAUGAGCGCCUUGUAUCACAUUGCACAGAACGACACUCCAACGUUAAAUUCGCCAGAUUGGACUGAUGUUUUUCGGCAUUUUGUUGAGGUGUGUCUCACAAAGAGUCCAAUUGAAAGACCAACAUCCGGGAAACUGUUAUCACAUCAACUUGUCACCAGACUACGUUCUCCUCAAGUUUUAAUAGAUUUAAUACAGAGAACGAAAGCUGCGGUUCGGGAGCUAGAUAAUUUGAAUUAUCGUAAAAUGAAGAAAAUCUUGAUGAUCGAUUCAUGCGAAACAGAGAGCACAGUUGGUGACGCUGAUGAUACUCCUGAUGAACAAACAGGUGGUGAUAGUAGUAAAAGCAAUUCAAUUACCUCAGAACACUCAAUUCACUCGAUGGGCGUCUCAGCAAGCUCUCAAAGUUCCUCCACCAAUAGCCUGCCGCUGCCGAAUGCUGAUGGUAAUGACUUUUCUUCAGGAUCCGUUAGAAAUCGGCAUAAGGUCUCAGCAGGUGGUGUCACUGCCAAUCUUCUUGAACACGGUGCCAAUAAUUUUGCAACAAUUAGGACAACUUCAAUUGUUACGAAACAACAGAAAGAACAUAUGCAAGAAGAGAUGCAUGAACAAAUGAGUGGAUAUAAACGAAUGAGGAGAGAACACCAAGGUGCUUUGGUGAAAUUAGAGGAACGCUGCAAAAUGGAAAUGGAAUCACAUAAACAACUGUUGGAUAAAGAGUAUGAAACUCUGUUGCAACAGUUUAGUAAGGAUCUCGAAAAAUUGCAGCUUAGACAUCUACAAGAGCUGGAACGAAAAUUAAAACAAAAUCAAAAUGCCGAAAAGAAACUUAAUAAAGAGAUAACAAGUAGACAGGAAGCUGACCGUAAAGCUCUGGAAGCUCAGCAGAAAAGAGAGUACAAAGCCUAUAAAGAAAGAUGGAAAAAAGAACUCUCUCAGGAUGAGGUAACUCCAAAGAGGCAACGAGAUGCUACACUUCAAAGUCAAAAAGACAAUUUGAGACAGAUGGAAGCGCAAGAGGAACAACGGCUUGCGAGGGGGCAACGAGAAUACUUGGAUCUUGAAAUUCGAAAAUUCCGUAGAAAAAAGUUACUCAUCUUCCAUAGUUUGGAGCAGGAACUUCUUCGUGAAGAAUUGAAUAAACGGCAACAGCAACUGGAGCAAGCACAUGCUAUGCUUCUACGACAUCAUGAAAAAACCCAGGAGUUAGAAUAUAGACAACAAAGAGCAGUACACGCGCUUCGUGAGGAUCAAGUACAUCGACAACAUUCAACAGAACUUUGUAAUCAGCAGGAUUAUAUGCAAAGGGCUGAACGUGAUUUGCGUAAAAAGCAUGCAUUGGAACUUAAGCAACAACCGAAGAGUCUUAAGCAAAAGGAAAUGCAAAUUCGUAAACAGUUUAGAGAAACUUGUAAAAUACAAACACGACAAUAUAAAGCAUUAAAAGCUCAAAUCCUGCAAACGACUGCUAAAGACGAACAAAAAGCAGUUAUUAAGAAAUUAAAGGAAGAACAAAGACGCAAAUUGGCACUUUUAGGUGAUCAAUAUGAACAGAGUAUUGCUGAAAUGCUCCAGAAACAGAGUAUACGGCUAGACGAGUCACAAGAAGUAGAAUGCCAUAAUCUUAAGGAAAGAUUAAAUUAUGAAUUAGAGAUUUUAAUGGCAUACCAAUCAAAAAAUAAGAUGCAAGCCGAAGCGCAAAGGAAUAGAGAACGUCGUGAGUUGGAAGAUCGUGUAUCUGUUAGGCGAGCUUUGCUUGAACAAAAAAUGGAAUUAGAAACUCAGGAAUUCCUUCGUGAACGUAGUGAACGUAUACGCCUUCUACAUGAGAGGCAAGAACGGGAACUGCAGCAAUUUGAUGAGGAAAGUGCAAGAAUAGGAUUCAGUGCUCUGGCCAUAGCUGAGGCAUCGAAAGAAUCUUAUCCGGACGAUGAAAGCCUUAGUGGCUCCAUGUUAAGUCUGGCUCAUAGUAAUAGCUCUACAUCCUUCCCCCCUAAUAGUCUUUAAUUUUAAUCAUAUUAAUAUACAUAUACAUAUAUAUGUAUGUAUCUAUAUAUGUAUAUGUAUGUAUGUAUGUAUGUAUGUCUGCCUGCCUGUAGUAAGUACAUGACGAGUCUGCCGACGUAUAAUUCAAUGACUUACAAAUAUAACAAGGAUUGGCUCGUUGCGUGUAUGACCGAACCUGAAAGAUUUAUUGAGGUUGGGAAUGUGUAUUGGACUGAAAUUGUCAUAGGCGCGUGUAUUUUUUAAUCGUCCAGAUAUAUCGACAAUUUAGAAAAGAAAGAGAAAAAGCUUCAUAUUGAAGAAAAAUUUAGAUGCUUUUGCAACAUUGUAAUAUUUAUUAAUCGUAACCAAAUAUUCCGAGAUGCAUAUAGAGAUAAAGAAAAAUCUUACACAAAUUAAUCUCAUUUUUAAUACUUAUUAGAAAAUCUUAAAAUUUAUAGGCCAGACGAUGUCAGCGUAGAGAAUAAAGAAUUUUAUACACCUAUACCACAGAAAAGAAAUUUAGAGACAUUUAUUUAUUAAUGCUAAAUACAAUAAAAAUAACAGUACAAUAACUAUAAUGCUCGAAUUAAUAUAUAUUUUAUUCUUUUUCCCCUAAGACUUUAGGUAAAUCUGAGAUAUCUCUCAGUGUGGUGUUCUAAUUUUUGUUGCUUUUAUUAAUAAAAACUUAAAAAUUCUUCGUGAUAAUCGAGCAUCGCGCCCGUUAGAAUAUUUUUUUAGACAUUUCAAGAUUUUACAUAUAUCAUUUAAAGUAAUAAAAAGUUAUAGAGAGUGGAGAAUUUGUAAAGUAAUAUUCUAACAAAUUUAGCAGAACUAUAUAUAUUUUUUUUUUUUUUUGUAAAUGUAAAUAUAUCGGUAAUCAAACGUGCAUUUCUCAAAAAGAGGUUUCAAUUCAGGAUACAACAGGAGUUAUCUUUCUAUUGCCUUAUACUUUUCAUCUUAUAUCAAUAUAACAAAUUUAAUUUAGUAAUAAAAUUAUUGAGAAUUUAAUUGGUAAUAAAAUGUUGAGAAUUAGAAACAAUUGAUAUUCACUUUUUAAUUCCUUUCAAGCUUCCUGCUAUAAAACUUUUUAACGUUGUAUCUUGAAUAUCUCCUAUCUAUGUAGUUUAUAUAAAAUUAAUAUGUAAAAAUAUUAUUUAUGUGAUAUAUUAAUUUAUCUAUUAUGCAUUGUCUAAACAAGAAUUUAAGUAUUUAUUUCAUAAUAAGAAAUUCUUAACUAUAAAAGGGUAUUUUUUUAAUAAUCUAAAUAUUUUCUAUGUCAUUAUUAAAUGAAUUUAUUUUCUGUUAUAAAACUAGUUAUUUAAUAUUUCACAUAAUUUUCUUUUUAUUUCCGUGUCUUUAUUCAGUAGUAUUAAACUAGUGUGGAGUCAAAAGUGUUUAUAUAAUAUUUAAUGAAGAGGAAUAAUCGCGCAAACGUUAAUCACGAUACACAUCUUAAAUAUAAGAUAAAUUGAUAUUAAUGAUGCAUUAAAUGCUCUAUACUUUUAUAUUGGUAAUUAUAUUUUAUUCUUAAUUUGGUAUGCAAAUUUCCAGAAAAUAUUCACUUUUUGUUUCAAUUAUAUCGAUUAUUUGCAUUUUACGGGAACUUUGAAUGAAUGUUCAACGAACGUUAUGUUCUUCCACAUCUGCUUAUAAAAGUUUAGAAUAUACUUUUCGAUCCACAUUCGCCCGAUUAUAUUUAUAUUGUCAUACUCUAUAACUACAUUCAAAAUUUCAUCCAGUACACAUCCCAAUGUUGUACUUUUACACGAAAAUAUACACAUUUUGUUUUUUCCCAUUUAUUACUUUUUUCAUAUAUUUUUAUUUUAUAUGUCACGCCAAACCAUUACACAUAGAAAAUCUAUAUCCAAAUGAUUGUGACUGUUGUUCCUCCUAAUAAUGUUCCGUUAUAUAAUAACUUAACACUUUCCUGCAAAAUCAACGAAAAACAAAUAUCUCGUUUCGUAUUAAAUUCAAGAACUGUGUAUAUUGAGAAAGUGUAUUUCCAUUAAUGAUAACAUUCUUGAGCAGGUGCUACUAUAUUAUGUAAUUAAUUAGCAAUGCAUAUAGUCCACUUACUUUUGAAUUAUGAAAUGUCAAUAAGUUAUUGUAUAAAGCAUUUCAUUUUUAUCAUAAAAUAAUUGUAAAAUUUUACAGUUCACUGAUAUCUAAUUUCUUUCUAAUAUAUAUGGAGAGCAGUAAAACAUGUCACCAUGAGAUACUUGUAAGCAAUGUGUAGUUGAGAAAACAAAUCAAACACGUGUAUUAUAUUAAUUAAUGCGUAUAUUAUAUAAAAGAAAGAACUAACGUUCUAUAAUUUUAUUUUACGCUUAUAGCAUGAGAUUCUUCACAUAAAUUAAAACAAAAAUGUUUUAUUUAGCUUUAGAAGAGAGAUAAAAGUAAUUAAUUAUAAAACAGAUUGAAGAGCAUGACCAAAAAUAUUGCAUUUUACUUUGUAAGUCAUAGAUCUUUUUUUCCUCAUAAUUUAUAUAUUUAAACAAAAGUAAAAAGCUUUAAACAUUCAUGUAAACAUUUUUUUCAUUUAUAUUGUCAUUUGUACAUUAAUGGCAAUAUAGCAUACACAUUCCAAUUUUCGUUAUAUAUAUAUAUAUAUGUGUGUGUACUUUUUUUAAUUUUUCAUGAAGAUAAAAUUUGACACUAAAAUUAUAUAAGCGACUAGCAUGCGUCGAAUGAAUAUCUAAAAGUGUGUUCAAUUAUACUGAUAUGAGUGAUCGUAGUGAAACAUGAACAAUACAAUUGUUAUCAUGGUUAUAUGUUCCAAGCUGUACAAUAUGGAAAACUGUCACAAUCAACCGAAUUGUUUCCCAUUUAUGUAAAUACGGACACUUAUACAUAAUAAUUGAAAUGUAACAACUCAUUAUGGAAAAGACAGUAUAAUGACACAUCCAUGUGUGUAUUAAUAUAUUUCAAUUCUUCCUUAGGUUCUUAGAGAGAGAAAUAUCCGAAAUCAAUUACUCUAAUCAAUUUGAAGCAUAACAGAUUAACAGAGAUUAUUCGUGCUUACAAACCGGACUCUAAAUUAAGAUGUGUGGUUUAAGAAAACUAUUUAGACUAAUUUAAUGUUAUGUAAUAUGUCUUUCUGUUAUUAUAAGUAACUAUAAUUAAAUAAUUGCGAUUAUUAAAGUUUUAGAUAUAUCAAACGUACCUUCGUCAGGAAGGUUCUAUAUAAAAAAAAAAAAUUGUUAAGUUUUAUAUGCACUUUUAAUUAUAGCACGAGUUGUGUCUCUGAGUUAAGUUGUAUGUAUGUAACAAAAGGAUUAUUCUCGACCAUAGUCUGUGUAAUCACUAUAACUUGCUGAAUACCCAAUUUAGGAAAUUAAUUGUCGAUGUUGCUAGAAUUUUGUAAAUAUUUAUUCGCUUAUAGAAUUGUGCGAUAUGGAAUUUUGAUUAUGAUAUCUAGUAUUUAGUGAGUGAGAAAGAGAGAGAGAGAGAGGGUGAGAGCGAUUUAUAAAAAUUUUCCAAAAAAACGCGUGCGUGACUAACUUUAUCAGUUGGAAUGUGAUAACUGGUAAGCUAGACAAUUAAUCAUAGGCAUAGCAUAUCAAAUAUCAUAUUAUCAAAUUAUGCUUGUGAUUAUUUGACGAGCUCGUUCUUCACUUACUUCCAUUUAAGGUGUGAUUUUGUAAUGCUGGUGGUUUGUAUCGCGAUACAAUUCACUAUCAUCAGAUAGAAACGCAAUAUUUUUGAGAUUGCUGUAAUAAUUACAAUUCCAGAAUUACGUCUUCUUUACACUAUCGGCCAAUUACAGGAAUAUUGUUUUUUGUACACGAUGAAAUACCGAAGUGAAUGUAACUAUAUAUACUUCAAUACAAUUUCUGGCUUUAAUUAAAGAUAAAUCGUAGCUACUUUUUUUUACUUUCAACAGCCUUGUUUUAAGGCAAAAAUGCGCAAAGUAACAAAAAUAGGCAUAGUCAUGCUUGCAGAAUAAAUACUAUUGAUAUCGUGGAAAGUAGAAAAUACUUCAGACCGAAAAAAAUAUAUAUAUAGUGAUCUUUACACGCAGAUAUAUUUUACAAAAAAAAAAA